ACCAGUCUGUGCUUGAGGAAGGCUUUUGCUUUUUAUGCUCUGUAUUGGGGAGGCAGAUAAAAUGCCAGGUCUGGAUGUCUCUGGGGACAACCUCGCCCUGUGUGAUGCGAAGGAAUAGCAUCUUGCCUGGUAAAUCCACAGGAAUUGAUAAGGCAGGCGCAGUUCUUCCAGAGAGGCCUUUGCUUUUUUAGCUCUAGCUGUGGUUUCUGCAGCAGUUUUGUUUUCUGCCUUAAAAGAGGUGCUGUGGAUUAUCAGACCUCCAUGUAUGACAAUUUGUACCUGCAUGGAGUUGAAGACUCGGAGGCUGAAGAAUAAUGUGAUGUGUCACCCAAGAUGGUGUGAACAGAGCUUCAAGCCAAUGGAGAAGACUAGGCCUAAAUAGCAGAGCCGGUGGAGUGCCCAGAUAAAGCCACACCCGGAGUGCCCAUCCUCGGCAGUCCCUCUCAGUGCCAAUGCAUUUAUGGCUGGCUCAGCAGAUUCCUAUACAAGCAGGCCAUCGGACUCCGAUGUCUCUUUGGAAGAGGACCGGGAAGCAAUUCGGCAAGAGAGAGAACAGCAAGCAGCUAUCCAGCUUGAGAGAGCAAAGUCCAAACCUGUAGCCUUUGCUGUGAAAACGAAUGUGAGCUACUGUGGUGCCCUGGAUGAGGAUGUGCCCGUUCCCAGCACAGCCAUCUCCUUUGAUGCCAAGGACUUUCUUCACAUUAAAGAGAAAUAUAACAAUGAUUGGUGGAUAGGAAGGCUGGUGAAAGAGGGCUGUGAGAUUGGCUUCAUCCCGAGUCCACUGCGGUUGGAGAACAUACGCAUUCAACAGGAGCAGAAAAGAGGCCGUUUUCAUGGCGGGAAAUCGAGUGGAAACUCUUCCUCAAGCCUGGGAGAAAUGGUGUCAGGAACAUUUCGAGCAACUCCCACAACAACAGCAAAACAGAAGCAGAAAGUGACGGAGCACAUCCCCCCUUACGAUGUUGUGCCGUCAAUGCGUCCUGUGGUGUUGGUGGGGCCGUCACUGAAGGGUUAUGAGGUUACAGACAUGAUGCAGAAAGCCCUCUUUGAUUUCCUGAAGCACAGGUUUGAUGGGAGGAUAUCAAUAACAAGAGUGACAGCUGACAUUUCUCUUGCUAAGAGGUCUGUCCUCAACAAUCCUAGCAAGAGAGCAAUAAUUGAACGUUCAAACACCAGAUCCAGCUUAGCGGAAGUACAGAGUGAAAUUGAAAGGAUCUUUGAAUUGGCAAGAUCUUUGCAAUUGGUCGUUCUUGAUGCAGACACCAUCAAUCACCCAGCACAGCUUAUAAAGACGUCCUUAGCCCCCAUCAUUGUUCACGUGAAAGUGUCUUCUCCAAAGGUCCUACAGCGGCUGAUUAAGUCCAGAGGAAAGUCCCAAAGUAAACACUUGAAUGUUCAACUGGUGGCAGCUGAUAAACUGGCCCAGUGCCCGCCUGAAAUGUUUGAUGUUAUAUUAGAUGAGAAUCAGCUCGAGGACGCAUGUGAACAUUUGGGCGAGUACCUGGAGGCAUACUGGCGUGCCACCCACACGAGCAGCAGCACCCCCAUGACCCCGUUACUGGGGAGGAACGUGGGCUCCACAGCCCUCUCGCCAUAUCCCACAGCCAUCUCGGGAUUACAGAGUCAGCGAAUGAGGCACAGCAACCAUUCUACAGAGAAUUCUCCAAUUGAAAGGCGAAGCCUGAUGACCUCUGACGAAAAUUACCACAAUGAGAGGGCCCGCAAGAGCAGGAACCGCUUGUCCUCCAGCUCCCAGCACAGCCGAGACCACUACCCUCUGGUGGAAGAAGAUUACCCUGACUCAUACCAGGACACUUACAAACCCCAUAGGAACCGAGGCUCACCUGGGGGAUACAGCCAUGACUCCCGACAUAGGCUUUGAGGCUGCCGAAACAAACAAAAAUCAUCUGUUGACAAUUUGCCAUAGCACUGCUAGGAUAAACCAGUCAUCUUAAUUUGGCAAGCACAGCACAGUGUCUGCUGUGUGGGUGGGAUGCUGUCAUUUGAUUUAAGGGGCAAGAAUUAAAUAGAAGUACAUUAUGCCCUUGAGUCUAGACGGGUAGUAGAUGCCCAAUCACAUAGGUAUUUUUAAGUGCUACAUUUACAUAAUAACAGUACCUUUUGUUUUCUUCAUAGAUUUUAGACACAUCAAUUUGUAAUUUAGGGUACUUGUCAAGGCACAUAUAAAAUAAUUUCCCGUGUAGGAAAUUCCAAAUGACCAGUUCCAGUUGGAACCAAUUUAUAAACCAAUUCCUGUUGGAAUUUGGGUGAAUUGACUGGAAAGUCUACUUGAGCAUGUUGAAAUCAAUUGAAAAAUCGGAAAAAAAAAAAAAAAAACCAAUAAGGAAAUUAAAAUACUAAUAGAAACCAAGACCAGCUAUGGUAUUUAUUUGCUGGAAGCUAAAUUUACACUUCAAGGUGGACUAUAUAAACAUUUUAAUAAUAUGUUAAUGUUGCCAGAAUGGCUUUUCAAACUUACCAAAUGUAUUGAUAGUGCCAAAAAAAAUUCUCAGAAAUCUUAAUGCAGAAAUUAUAUAAUCGCCUCAGAUUUUAAUAUUUUUAUUUUUCCUAAUGCAGCUGUUGUAUUCAAAGUGUUUUGCUUUCUGUUCAGUCAGUACCGUUAGCCAGUUCGAAGCUGACUAAAUAAGGGGGAAAAUGUGAAUAGUAAAGAGAAACCCAAGCAUGGCUAGUUAGAGGAAAUGGAAGAGGUGUUGUUUCUUCUUUAAUCAGUCUGCACACAACUACACACAUCUGGAGAUCCGAAGUCAGAUAGCAGAGAUGUGGCCAGACCUUUCUGGGCACAAAAGUAAUCGGCUCCAGAUGCGAAUCCAUCCAUCCCACUGCACACUGACACCGGUUUAGGAGUUGUGCCAGCAUAGCUGAGUGUCUUUCCCUCUCAUUACUCAGUCUCUGUCUUUGACUAUAAUGAAUGUUUUGGCCGUACACCACAAUUUUCAAAUCAAAGGAACAACUUCUCUUUUAUUUUUCAUGGGCAUAAUCAAAUUGGGUACUAAAAGUUAUGUUUUCCCAAAAUAACUUUAGGAAAAGUUAACACCAAAAUCAAAUAUUGCAGAAAACAAAAACAAAAACAAAACAAAACAAAAUAACCCUUACUGAUUCGGAAUGUAUUGGUUCACUCAAAGCAAGUUUAAAUGUAGUUUGAAGGCAGGGCAUGAGUGAGUUUGCAGACUGCUCUGUGUUCUUGCUGGUGACCAGCCUUUAGAUUCCAAUGAGUGUAUACACGGUGACCAUGUCCUACAGUGUUAAAGAAAACUUUAAUUGAAGAAAUUCUUGAAACUGACCCUUUUAUGCAAGAAACAAAUGUCUUUGUGAAAGGACUUAUUUCUAAAAUGACACAGCGCAUUUGUUUUCUAAAACCCCAGUCGGAGCUACACAUGAGUCUCUUUCUAAUAAUGGCUUGAAGUCAAUUUUUGAAAACCGGUAUAAUUUAUUUUAUAUUGUCACUUUUCUCCAAAAAUGUCAAGAUCUGAGCCCUCAAACUGUCCCAGUUCAUUACUUUCCUUAUUGAGAGCGUAAGUUUAAUUCCCUUCAACAGUUAUUCAUAUCAAGCCCAUCAACUCUGUGUGCCCUCUCCUUGUCUUGGCUGUAUGUGCAACCCGUUAUGAACCUGCUUAUCUGAUAAUGAGGCUGCCUGAAAUUUUGUAAGUAAUCUCAAACAUUUGAUACAUUUAAACAUGGGCUCAGUAAAAUUGACAAGCUAAUAUAUGAUAGUGGCUUGUGAAGCUCUUUUGUCACCUAGCGAGGCUUACAGAAUUUUGUUAAGACAUUUAAGAGAGCUAUAUUCAUUGGGCUCUUUAAUAAGCAUAUAAUCUUCCAUUACUAAUACUUUGUUAGAACACAGAAGAGCAUUUUCCAGCAAACAAACUAUAUUUAUUACAUGUAUAGCACAUAUUUGCAUGAGAAAGAAAACAUUAGCCAAACAUUUUCCUGUAUGCUUUACUGGUUUCUUGUUUGUGCGCAUUAAAGCAUUUAAUUGCAGAGAGUGCAUUUGGGUGUAUAAAUUUAGAGUAGACUGCUGUUCAGCUUUUUCUGCAGUAGCAUUAGCAAUUUGGUCAUUUAACUACUUUAAGAUAUUUAUAUUUUAUGGCAGGUAGCUGUAACAGCAUUUACUUAUAUUUCCUAGUCAACAAGGUUUCCAUUUCUUUCAACUUUCAAGAGUCACUUGUUUUUCAAGCCUUCCAGCCUAUUUCUUUUUUCCCCUUUUUGGUAUUACAUGUCAUGCUGAAAGAGGGAGACCCAUUUAAUCUGUGUACAAACUCAUCCAUCAUUUGCCAUCAAAAUUCCAUACCUAUUUUGCUUUGUAGCCCUAUUAAAAAGCUAACAAUAUUGGAAAGGGUGAAAUGUAUAUUUUUGAUGAACAUAUUUACUGUUUCACUUUAAUUUUGAAUAUCUUUCAUCGUCCUAUAAAUUUCUCUCCUUCUAAUGGGGAAGAGAUAUGACUCUUUUUAAAGGCUCAGAGUUGCUUGUAUAAAUGACUAAAAUCCAGAUAUAUACUAAAUAAAAAGCUUUAUUUCUGCCAAGCAUAUUCCACAGGUUCUUUUUAAUAAUACAUUUCACUCAAAAUGGCAAGUGAUGACAAGCAGGAGAAAUAUUUCUGUAUUUUGGGGGCAGUUUUCACUUAUAGAAUAGACCACAUUAGAAUUCUGUGAUUUUUCAUCAUAUGUAAUAAUGCAGACGUGUGCAACAAUGUGGAAACGUGGUCCUGGAAAAGGAGGAAAUGCAAUUUGUGGGUCCUUUUGUUUAUUUCCAAGGCUAUGAUGUGACUACAAGAUCAUAAUCAACAUGGUUACCUUGCUUAUAUUAACAUUUAAAACAGCACAUAGUAGUAUUUUUAAAUAACUGUUUAUGCUCUCAUCUUUAUAUAGCUUACUGGGAAGAAGACUGAAAUUGUUAGCAAUUAGACUUACAGUCUUUCCAAAUAGUCUCAAUUGUCUGACUAUACAAAUCAUUGCAUCUCAUCCUUAAUGGAAUGAAUUUUAAAGUCUGAAACAAUUGAGACAAUUAUUUGUUCCACUUUAAAUAAUCUGUUAUUUACUCGAAUUAUUAUUGUUGUUUGCAAAAAAUGUAUUUUUAGAAUGUUAACCUCUUUUCAUACCUGCAUACUUGAACUUGUCUUUUGUGUGGGGGCCUUAAAUUUCAUAAUAGAGAACAGAGGAAGUAAAAAGGGAAUGAAGACAAGGAAACUGUGGUAAAGAUAGCUCACAAUCUUCAACUCUUUAAAUGAACAUAUCCCAAAAUGUUGAAACAUAGCAUGUCAGUUAAGAAUGUUUCCAGGCAACCUUAAUUUGCAAGCUAGUAUAUUUUCUUAUAUAAUUUUAUUUUGAUAUUUGCUGAAAAAAAAAAACAAUACAAUACCACAAUACAAAUUGCCCUCUAUUUGAUAUGUGUGCUACCUCCUUUCUAGAGAAAACAGUCUGUCUUUGAACGGAAAAGUCCUGGUGAUAGUGUCUAUUCUACCAACCUUGCUGCAGCAUUCGAAGUGUUAAACUACGCCUGCCCUCUGGAUUUCACUCUGGUUUUAAAUGCUCUCAUCAUGAUUUCAUUUCUUCAGUGUUAGCAAGGUUUUCUUGAAAUUGAUCCACGGCUUAUCGUGAUAUGAGUUUGACAAGCAGCAAAGCAAACUGAAAAGGAACUACCUCUGUGCAAAAAAAAAAUGUAGCCUUUAGCUCCAGGUUUAAGGAAGAGAAAUUUCAGAGAUUUGAUGUUUAAAGGCAGAGUUGGGUGAAGCUUGACUUCUCUGGGCACCAAGGGCAGCUGUGGACACUUAUGGGCAGGGAUCUGCAUUGUCUGGAACUCCCAUGUAAUCGGAACAAGCUUCCUAUCCGUGUUUUAAAUAAAUGAUUACGUAACCCUCAUUCUUUCACAGUUGCUUUUGUCUCUCAUGACAAUAUUACGUUUUUGUUUUUUUUUUAAUGAUAUAAAACCAAUCCUUGAAUGACCGUAUGAGUGAUAACUUUACAGGAAAUUAGGUAAUAAAACCUGUAUUAUUAGUUCCUCACACCUUUAAAUACUGUCAACACUGUAACUGUUACUUAGGUUAGUUUUUCCAGCUGUGUCUAUGUGGCAAACAGCAGUCCUCUUUGAAAUAAUGAUGAUCAAAUCAGUCAACUUAAGAGCUGCUGGGUGGACUUUAAGAAUAACUUCUUGUUAAGAAAUCCAGUUAAUCCAAAUAGUGAAACGGACUUAUACGGGCAGA